UGUCGUGACGUAACACAUACAAUGAUGGCGGCUCCCAUGGAGGAAGUUGAAGCUGCGGCGCUGUCGAAUGAAACGGAUUCUCUUGAAAAAGACACAAACGCCGUGGAAGAGGAAGAAGAUCAUACCGAGGAACCAGAGGAACCAAAAGAGCCAAGAGUUCGGGAGACCCCCGAGGACAUCCAUUUCGAAGCCAUCGUCAACACCCUGGCAUUUCAUCCAACGCAAGACAUCCUUGCCGCGGGGGACAUAGAUGGAGAUAUCUAUGUGUACUCAUACUCUUGUACAGAGGGCGAAAACAAGGAGCUGUGGUCCUCCGGUCAUCACCUCAAGUCCUGCCGCCAAGUCGCCUUCUCUCAGGAUGGACAGAAGCUGUUCAGCGUGUCCAAAGACAAAUCGAUUCACAUCAUGGAUGUUGAAGGGGGGAAGCUGGUUACGCGUAUUCCUAAAGCACACAGUGUUCCCAUCAACGCCCUGCUGCUGGUGGAUGAGAACCUGCUGGCUACCGGGGACGAUGGUGGGACCCUGAAAGUGUGGGACAUGCGCAAGGGGACAGCCUUCAUGGACCUGAAACACCACGAGGAUUACAUCAGCGGCAUUGCCAUCGACCAGGCCAAGAGAACCCUGCUCACCUCCAGUGGCGAUGGAACGAUGGGCGUGUUCAAUAUCAAGAGGCGUCGCUUUGAGCUGCUGUCAGAGUUCCAGAGUGGAGACCUCACCUCAGUGGCCAUCAUGAAACGCGGUCGCAAGGUGGUGUGUGGCUCCAGUGAAGGCACCAUCUACAUCUUCAACUGGAACGGCUUUGGCGCCACCAGCGAUCGCUUCGCCGUCAGGGCCGAGUCUGUGGACAGCAUCGUCCCCAUCACCGACAGCAUCCUGUGCGCCGCCUCCAUGGACGGGGUCAUAAGGGCGAUCAACCUGCUUCCAAACCGGGUGUUGGGCAGCGUGGGGCAGCACGUAGGCGAGCCCAUCGAGCAGAUCGCCCGCUCUGGCGACGCCCACUUCCUGGCCAGCUGCGCCCAUGACCAGCGGGUGAAGUUCUGGGACGUCUCGGGCCUGCCGGACAUGGUGGUCAGUGACUACCGGCGGCGGAAGAAGAAGGGGGGCAGCCUGAAGUCGCUCAGCGGGAAGGCCUUCGGGGCCGGGGACGACUUCUUCUCCGGCCUGCUGGAGGAGACGGAGGAGAAGAAAGGGGAGGAAGAGGAAGAGGAGGAGGAGGACAGUGACAGUGACAGCGGGAGCGAUUAGGACUCGUGUGGGUGGGUGUUCGGCAGUGAUCCAUGGACCGGACCACUGUGCGGGCUGUUGGGUUUUCGACAGGUGGUGCUGACGUUUGCAGAUGGCCCCGGCGCGUUGGAGACGGCCUGAGCAGACCGCUGAGCUCGCUGAGCUGGUGCAACCGCUGUGUUGCUUGAGCGGUUUCUGGGAUAGUGUCUGAGGGAAGCACACUGUUAUGCUGUAAAUACUACAUAGUACUUCAUUGAUCGUACUUUUGAAAACCCAUGUAGAGUCUCUUUGAAAAGGGCCCUGAAUUUGAGGAUGCUUGAUUUAAAGUCGGGACUGAUGUAAUCCCAGCCAUGUGUGACCCCGAGUGCAGAGGUGAGGGUGGCGAGUCCUGCUGUGUGUGCUGGAAAAGAGUCUCUUUGUGGAGUCUGUAAAUCCAGUGAGCGUCAACCCAGAGAGGGCUCCAACAGAAGCCAGGAGGGAACACAGGAGAGGGGCCGCUGUUAAUCAAGGGGUCAAAGGUCACUCCACCAGAGGAAUGGAGCUCUCCUAUAACUGAAGACACACCCCUCCCCACAAACUGGGCACCAGGAUUGCUGGAUGUGU